AUGUGCUACUACGGCAGCUACUAUGGAGGCCUGGGCUACGGUUAUGGUGGUCUGGGCUACGGCUAUGGUGGCCUUGGCUGUGGCUAUGGCUGUGGCUAUGGUUCUGGAUAUGGAAGAUAUUCCUGCUAUCGUCCAUGCUGCUAUGGGAGAUACUGGUCUUUUGGCUACUAG